UCGAGAUUACGUUGGUUCCGGGAGACGCGUUGGCAAUUUCCUAAACACCGCUCUGCUCAGUGUUGUCCGAGGCCCGGCGAGGAGAAGGUGUGUGUCGCUGGGGGUUACACCGGCUGGAGGGCAACUUGCUGAAACGGAACACCGAUUUGACAUGAGCAGGGUGCCCUGAUAUGGACACUGAGAUGAUUCCCAAAUUUUCAUCAAAGGAUGAGGAGGUUGACUACUGGAAGUCCCAAGCCCUCAAAUAUAAGAAGAGUUGCCAUGAAGCCCAAGAGGAGCUGCAAGAGUUCCAGGAAGGAAGCCGGGAACUGGAGGCUGAGUUGGAGGCACAGCUUGGCCAGGCUGAGCACCGGCUUCGAGACCUACAAACUGAAAACGAGAGACUGAAGAAUGAGGUGUCCAACCUUAAGGAAAAGCUGGAGCAGCAGUAUGCCCAGAGUUAUAAACAGAUUUCAGUGCUAGAGGAUGACUUAGGCCAGACACGCAGCAUCAAGGAGCAGCUCCACAAAUAUGUCCGAGAACUUGAACAGGCCAAUGAUGACCUGGAGAGAGCCAAGAGGGCAACAAUAGUGUCUCUUGAAGACUUUGAAGGCCGUUUAAACCAAGCCAUUGAGAGAAACGCCUUUCUGGAGAGUGAGCUGGAUGAGAAGGAGUCUCUCCUGGUGUCUGUCCAGCGGCUGAAAGAUGAAGCUCGAGACCUGAGACAAGAGCUGGCAGUACGGGAGCGGACUACAGACAGGAUGUCAGCACCCAGCUCACCCACAUUAGACAUUGACAAAAUGGAUUCUGCAGUACAGGCGUCUUUAUCCCUCCCAGCAACCCCAGUAGGAAAGAAUAUAGAGCACCCCUUUAUAACCACAAAAGCAAUAACCAAUGGCUGUGGCACCUCUUCCUUGACUCCUUCUGCUAGAAUCUCAGCUCUUAACAUUGUUGGUGACCUCCUGAGAAAGGUUGGGGCUUUGGAGUCCAAACUCGCUGCAUGUAGAAACUUUGCCAAGGACCAGGCAGCAAGAAAACAUUACUCCACAGACACCAGCACACUCAUCAACAGCAAUGCCACCAAGUUCUCACACUCUCUGCAUACCACUUACUUCGACAAAACCACUGUUAAUGGAUUAGACCCCAGCUCCUUGACCUCCAUGGCAACAUCCAGAGCCGUGUCUCCACCAGGCAUGCUGCCUUUGAGUGUGUGAGGAGUUCCCAGCCUACACAAACCUCGACUGAAACUCUUAUCCACCCAGCGCAAUGUGGGAACAGAGAUGACGCUUGUGCUACUUUUGUGUGUGUGUGUGUGUAUGUAUGUGUGUGUCUUAGAAUGAGAGUCAGAAAGGAAGAGUGAUGUGUGUUUGACUGUUUGGGAGUGUGCAUUUUUGACCACAACGUGUGAAAGAGAGGCUUGACUAUACAGUCAACUUGCCUCUAGUUUGCAGCUCUCAGUGCAUCUGUGAGUAGGUGCACAGUUGUUUGUGCAUAAUCUCCCUACCACAUACUUGCAUGUGCCUAAAGCUGUACUGUAUUGUGCUUGUAUGAAUGUCAUUGCAAUGCAUUGCUCUCCAGAUGUCAACUAUGGUUCAUCUGAAAACUACUAUCCCUGACAAAAAGGUCCCUAAUAGACCACAGCUUCUUUUUUUUAUCCUUCUUUUCCUCUUGUAUGUUCACUGAAAUUGCACAUUUAAACUCAUUUCUAUUUAGAAUGUAUUAUAUUUAAAAAGGGAUAUGUUCAUAUUUGCUAAUUUAUCUCAUAGUAUGCUUUAAAAUGCAAUUUUCCUAUUUGCUUUUUUUCUUGCAUGUGUGCAUAUUUAAUAUGGGGUUGAAGAAGUAUGGAUGGACCUCAUAUUUACAAGAAUGACCGAAGUGAAUGUUGAUUGUUCAAAGCCAUGUAGCCACAGUGCAGUCGUUCCUCUUGUUACUGAUUGAAUAAUUUUUGGAAAUAUCAGCUGGUUCUCUCCUCUGUUUUAAAAAUGCACAUAAACAAACUGCUCCUCACAGGUUUUUGCUGCAGUCAGGUUUAUUCUUCUAUGGACGUCCACUGACUUUUUCAAAAGAACCGUUUUGCCUUUUUUUUUUUUUUUUUUUUUUUUUUUUAAUGUUUCAUGUAUGGAUUUUUUUUUUUUUUGUAUGUUGUUGAAAGCUUACUUACCUCAUUGUGAUUUGUUUGAAAUUACCCACUGUUGAAUACUGAUAUGUGAAUUUGGCUUCAUAGAAUUCCUCAACCACACAGUGAGAUACUCAAAGCAAAAUGGUUAAAAGUGACUCAAGGACUGUCCAUUAAUUUUACCAGAUGUAUCUGAAUUUGUGGUGCAUUGUGGCCUUGCAGCACAUUUGGUCUUUAUCUGCUUUUGUAUAAUGUUAAUUUGGUGUGACUGACUUUUAGCAGGUGUGAUAUUGGCUCUAAAUACAUUUCCCCCUAAUUUCCUUCAUCCUCACAUAUCUUUGUUUAUUCCUCAGUGUUACCAUCUUGACAGCUUGGAGUAUAAUCCAAAGGCUUCACUGUUAUUUAAUAAUAUGCGAUGUAAUUUUGGGCACUGCAGGAGCCUGUUACGAAAGUAUGUUCUACAGUCAGUGUAUGUAGGUUGUAUAGAAGGUAAUUUUACCUAUGACGUUGUACAUAUUGACAUUUGGCACUAAGGUCUAUUUAUUUCAGAUUCUGUAUAGCAUGUGUUCAGAUAAUGAGUUUUACUAUUAUACAGUGGUUAAAGCCAUUGGACGAUGAUAUCAAACUGUUUGUGAGAAUUGUUUCAAUAAACAUUGAUAUGAUGAA